GGGUCCGGCGCCCGCCGCUCCGCGCCUGAGGGCCCGAGACCUGUCGCUCCAUCUGGGGGUCCUGCGCCCGCCGCUUCCGCCUGGGGGCCCCGAGGCCUGUCGCCCCACCCGGGGGCCAGAUGUGCCUCUGCCCGGAGUCCUGCCCGAUGUGCCUCUGCGUGGAGUCCUGCCCGAUGUGCCUCUGCCCGGAGGGUCCAGCCCGAUGUGCCUCUGCCGGAGUCCAGCCCGAUGUGCCUCUGCCCGGUGUGCCUCUGCCCGGAGUCCAGCCCGGUGUGCCUCUGCCCAGAGUCCAGCCCGGUGUGCCUCUGCCCAGAGUCCAGCCCGCCGGUGUGCCUCUGCCCAGAGUCCAGCCCGGUGUGCCUCUGCCCAGAGUCCAGCCCGGUGUGCCUCUGCCCAGAGUCCAGCCCGGUGUGCCUCUGCCCAGAGUCCAGCCCGGUGUGCCUCUGCCCAGAGUCCAGCCCGGUGUGCCUCUGC